CGCGCCGCCUUUGGUUCCGUUGAGAAAUAACCCCGGAAAAGUCCAACGCAAAACAACGGUAUUCGACCAAAUCGCCGGGAUAAAAUAACAAAAAUUAAUAUUGUUUAGUGGCUGCUGGAAACAAAUGGUUAAUAAUACAUUUUUCGGUAUUUACUGCCAACGAUAAAAGUUCUCUUUGUUCACAAACGACUUUCCCACAAGCACAAAGCCGCCGCCGCAGUCGUCGCCGUCGUCUUAGUCGCCGCCGUGCAAACAAUAAUAAUGAAAAGCGCCAGACAAAAACCGAAAAGCCAAUUAGCUUUUUGGCCAUUUGAAUGCCGUUUGUUGAAUUGAAUUGAAAGAGAUAAAUUCGCUAAAUGCUGGCACAUCCGUAUCCAGUCAAGUUAAUUAAAUAAAACAUGUUUGUUGAACCAAACCGAGGAGGAGAAGCUGUCCAAAGCUAAAAUCAAAAUAAAUUCAAAGCAAAAAAAUCCUUAGUACACACAGUAGUGUGCGUUCGUGUGUGUGUGUACGUGCGUGUGUGUCUGCUUGCGUGUGUGUGUGCGCAUGCGCCAAUUGGAGUUUUAAGGCAUUAAUUGCUUUUUUUUGUGCAGCAAUAAGAUCGAAAGUACCCGCUGGCGGUUGACAUGUAGAACCAUAUAUCUUGGCAUCCUGCAAUCGAAGUGAGAGAGACAGGCAUCAUGGUGGAAUCCUCGAGCCUGGGGCGGACACCGCCAGCGGCCCAGCAGCCCAUUCCUCAGCAGCAUUCGCCCUCGCCCUCGGGGAUGCGAUGCGGCAACUUGGAGACAAGGGUGCGAGGUGCCUGGUAUCGUGUCCUGGUCACGCUAGAAACAGACUUUCUGGCCGUCAGCCUGGACGAGUCCUGCGAGGCGGCGCAGCAAACCAACGAUGGACAAUCUACGACGCUAAAUGGAACCUUAGGGAGCAAUCACAGCGGCGGAGGUGGCGGUGGCACUGGUGGAGGCGGAGGCGGAGCUGGUGGUUCCAGCCAGAAUGGCACCCUGCCCAGCUCCGCCUCCCUGCAGGGUAUGAAUGUUCAGGACACCGAACUGGAUGGCACUGGGAGCAAUGACAACAAUGGGGACAACCGUGAUCCCUGCCUGAAUAACAACAACAAUGCCGGCGACGGAGGCGGCAUGGAUAUGUGCGACGUACCUGACCAUGUGGCCAACCAGAAGCGGCACGUUCGCAUUAUCAAAUCGGAUAACAACGGCCUGGGCAUCUCCAUCAAGGGUGGUCGCGAGAAUCGUAUGCCCAUCCUCAUCUCGAAGAUCUUCCGUGGCAUGGCCGCCGACCAGGCCAAGGGCCUCUACGUGGGCGAUGCCAUACUCACGGUCAACGGAGAGGAGUUGCGUGACGCCACCCACGAUGAGGCAGUUCGAGCUCUAAAGCGAUCCGGUCGCGUUGUGGAUCUGGAAGUUAAAUUCCUGCGAGAAGUGACGCCCUACUUUCGGAAGGCUAGCAUCAUCUCCGAGGUGGGUUGGGAGCUCCAGCGGGCUUUCCUCUGUCCGCUGGGACCGGGGGUUCCCACCUCGCCGCCUGCCCCAAAGACAACACCCCGGGCGGAUACGCGAUAUAUACCGCUGCAGUUAACGCAUUUGGCCAGAAAUCUCAAGUACAUCGACCCGGAGAACCGCUGCUUCGAGCUGCAUUCGCCGGACGGCGUUCACUCGUGCAUCCUGCGGGCAUCGGACUCGGCGGAGGCCCUCGUCUGGUUCAAUGCGCUCCACUCGGCCAUGGGCAGCAGCACGCAGCGGGCUCUGGCCGAGGCCAAUCGGGCUCUGACCAAUCUCAUUGGCGAACUGAAGCACAUCGGCUGGCUGAGCAAGCGGAUGAGCGGUGGCGGUGGCGGCGGAGGAGGUGGCAGCUCGGGGAGCGCCGGCGGUGGAGCGGCCAGUGGGGGCAGCGGCACCUCAAACAGCGGCGUGGCCGGCGAGCUGGUAAGUCCUAGCGGUCGUUCCAGCUCUGAGAGCUCCGAUGAGAGCGACAAGUGGCUGCCCAUCUUUGUGGCGGUGACGGAGCGCGAGUUUCGGAUAUACGAGAGUGCACCCUGGUCGGUGGAGGCCUGGAGUCGUCCGCUGGAGAUCUAUGCCCUGGCCACGACACGACUCGCCGGAGCCGGGAACAAUUCCUCCCUAAAUGGCCAGCAGACCACGGUGUUCUGCGUCCGCUGCGGCACCGCCCGCGGUGUGCUUGUCUAUUGGCUGCGCUCGGAGACGCAUCGGGACAUGGCCGCCUGGGCACGGGCCUUGGUCCAGGGCUCCCAUCAGGCGGUCAACUACCAGAGGGAGUUCUCCUUUCGCUGCCUGUUCCAGGGCCGGCAGUGUCAAUUGGUUGUGCACAUAAAUCGUGGCUUCUUUCUCUACGAUUGCGGAGGAUUUGCCCCAACAACGCCAACGGCGGCGGUGGCCACCACCAAGACGCAACUCUGGCAGUUUGCAUUUGACAAGCUAAAGGGGUCCGCGGAUGACGGUACCAGGAUGUUGUAUCUGGACUUUGGCGAGGAUGGAGAAAUUGAACUGGACAUGGAGUGCUGUCCCAAGCCGGUGGUCUUUGUUGUGCACAAUUGUCUAUCGGCCAAGGUUCAUAAUAUUGCCUAGGACGAGGUUCAAUUCGAGGAGACUAUCCGAUAAUUGUAUAUGUUUUGCCAGUAGUGGGAUCUAUCUUAUUAUUAUCUUCUGUGUAUUUUUGUUGACAAUGAAAAAGUAUUAGUUAUUAUUAACCCUGUUGUUUUUAGCUACUAAGCUUUUUACCAGUUCUACAAUACAUUUCGAUAUGUGCAAUAAUUACUUAAUCUUGUCAAUUAGCAAAGAUUUAAUCCGAAAAGUCUUAGCCAAGAUGCAGAUAUUUUUAUAAUUUACUUUCCGGCUAAGCCUAAAAGCAGGCAACCUAACGUUUCGAAUCAUUUUAUUUUAUCUUUUAAGAACAUAAUACAGAAAAUAGAAACAUUUCUAGAGAUACUUAUUAGUCCUAUCGAGAUACGACUUAGUUAAUUUAGUAAAGACGGUUAGAUAGUGGUAGAUGAGUGAGCAUUUCGUGCUUCCCGAUGGCUAUGGAAAUGAAUUAGUUUGGUAGGUUUAGCUGGACGGAUGGGAAGCAUAAAAAACAAAGUAGAUUUUUGAAAAAAAGUAAGAAUAAUGCAAAAUAACGAAGCACAAAC